UUCCUGUUGGUAGAGUUGGUACCUGCUUGUACCAAGUGACCGUCUUAUGUCUUUGUUGUUUUUUUUUUUAUUGUUUAUGGCAGUGUCUGUUAUUUUGUCCACAUUAACUCGGGUUCAAUCGAGUUUUAAAAUAAAUAGAGGUUCUAUUGGUCAAUUUAGAAGAUUGUCAAAGAUGUCUGAAGCAUUGGAUAAAAUCCCUGAUGUUAUCAUCGACCCCAAUGGCGUUUUUAAAUAUAUUUUAGUUUACAUCCAUGAUGAUAAUACCAAGCAAAGCAAACCCAUAGUGCGCGGAUACAAGAAGUGUAAAUUCCACGCUGAUAUCUAUGAGACUAUAGGAGAGGAUGAGCUGAAGAACUACGGGGCUGGACUAGACACCGAAUGCGUCGGGGGAGGCAGAAUCAAUCAUAAUGCGCCGGCAAAAACUAUCAAGGUUUAUGGAUACUCGCAGGGAUUUGGAAAAGCUGACCAUACUAUCGCGGUUGGAUUAUUGAAGAAGAAAUACCCCGAUUACGAAAUCACUUGGUCUGACGAAGGCUAUUAGGAGAUAAAGUUAUUACUUAAAUAAAAUGCUUUGGCAAGUACAUUUAAAUCUGCCAUUCGAAUUUCAAAAUAUUGUGCAACUUAUUUAUAUUGUAUUCAUGUAUCCCGUGUGAAACUUUCAAAUAAAUUAUUUAUGAGUGAAA